GUUGGCCUACAUCUGCGCAUGCGUCAAGCUUUCUGGUGUUGCAGUGUGGCAAGUCUCCUGGAGCAACGCGCUUACCUCAGAAACUGAGUCAUCCUGCCCGAUUUAGACAUUUAUUUAUCACCUACUGUCUACAAAACUGUCCAGCGAAUACAUUAGACGAUUUUGUCCCGGGUUGUUUGACUAGCUACUGCGCAGGAGAAGAUUGUGCAGAGUGCGCAUUGACUCUGUUGGGAAGUUCGCGAUUGUCUCUCAGCAUUGUUUGUGCUCAGCUGCCGGCUACAUCGUUUUUGCCGUUUGGAGGUCAGGCUUCCCCACAAGCGUAGCUGUCCAGCUACAGCAUCUUCUCUCCUCGCAGAGAUUCAGCGCAUCAGUACAGUUCUCAGAGUAAAAUUGUGGACAAGUUUUUGUAAUUUUCUUUCUCUCUCAAAAAUGGCCGCAACAACGUUCGAAAUGGACGGAAGUGUGAUGGAGGGGGGAGGCCAAAUUUUGAGAUUGUCUGCUGCUCUUAGCUGCAUUCACGGCACGUCAAUCAAAAUAAACAAAAUUCGAGCUGGCAGAAGCACGCCAGGUUUAAGGCCUCAGCACCUGAUGGGUCUGGAGCUAGUCAGGGACAUGUGCACUGGCAGUUUGGAGGGCGCUGUGAUCGGAUCCACAGAAGUCAGUCUCUCUCCCGGCACAAUCAAGGGGGGCAGCCACAUCGCAGACACCCAGACCGCGGGGAGUGUGACACUGCUGAUGCAGGUGUCGAUGCCGUGUGCCCUCUUUGCCCAGGGUCCCUCUGAGCUCUGCCUGAAGGGCGGCACCAACGCCGAGAUGGCGCCCCAGAUCGACUACACCCUCAGGGUGUUUAAGCCCAUCGUGGAGAGGUUUGGUGUCAACAUGGACUGUGACCUGCGGAUGAGGGGUUACUAUCCUAAGGGUGGGGGAGAGGUGGUGUUGAAGGUGAACCCGGUCAAAGAGCUUAUCCCCAUCAACAUGAUGGAGCGCGGACACAUCACCAAAAUCUACGGACGAGCCUUCACAGCCGGAGUCCUGCCCUCCAAGUUGGCUAAGGACAUGUCUACGGCGGCGGUGCGCACCAUCAGGAAGGAGAUCAAGGACCUGUACAUCAACAUCCAGUCCCUGCAGGAGAAGGAGAAGGCCUGCGGCAACGGCAACGGCAUCAUCAUCAUCGCUGAAUCCUCCACCGGCUGCAUAUUUGCUGGCUCGGCUCUAGGGAAGAAAGGUGUGUAUGCAGAUAAGGUGGGCAUUGAAGCUGCUGAGAUGCUUCUCAGAAAUGUCAGACACAACGGCUGUGUUGACGAGUUCCUACAGGAUCAGCUCAUCAUCUACAUGGCCCUGGCUAAGGGGACGUCUCGCAUUCGCACCGGGCCCAUCACCCUUCACACACAGACCGCCAUCCACGUCGCCGAGCAGCUCACCAAGGCCACGUUUGCGGUCCGCAAGGCAGAGGAUGAGAACGCCAACAACGACACCUAUAUCAUCGAGUGCCAGGGAGCAGGCGUGGAGAAUCCCAAUCUUUGAAUACACACACACACACACACACGAACACACACACACACGUACACAUACACACACGUGUACACACACACACACACACAUAUAUGACACACACUACUGUUAUCCUUUGGUCGGGGUAUAGGGCAGGCUGACCCCCAC